GAAGAACUGAGCAGAUCUGAACUCACCACAAGUCUUCAACACCGCCUGCCCGAUCCAUGGCUACCACCCACAUCAUUUCUAAAUCGCGCGCUUCAUGCUUAUACAACCCGACUGUGGCACCUGAUACCUGUCGUGCAUUUGCCUUCCUUUGUUCCCUCUCGAGCCCAUCCGCUCCUCUUGCUGUCUAUAUGCUCUCUGGGGGCACUAGCCGAAGGCUCUCCCGACUCACUGAGACACGCUUUCAAUCUCUUUGAGGGUAUUCAAAAGGCCAUACUUGUGGCUUGGGAUCCCAAUAAUGUUUUUGAACCUGCUUCGCUGGCGCUCAUUCAAGCGGCGACUAUCGGUCAAACAUUUGCAAUACUCUCUCCAAAGGUUGCGCACCUAGCCACUGCUCGCGCCUUUCAUGGUACGCUUUGCGUUUCCGCAGAAAAUUUCCAAGAGGUUUUCAGAGCUGGACCUAUGUCAAGGGAUAAAGCUGCUGCGGAUGGCGAGGCGUCGCUUGUGGCGAGAUGGCAAGAAUGGAUCAGCCUGCAAACAUGUAUCAGAGUUGCAAAUGCGUUGCAGUGCCACGAUGGCGAGAUUGCAGCAACUUUCCAAAGACGGCCAGUCCUCCGGAUGCCACCCUCGAAAACCAUGUUCGCUGCUUCAGAUGCUAUAUUUCAGCUCAAAUCAGCGACGAGGUGGCAUGAGGCUCUUUUGAUGGCCCCGCCAGAGCCAAACCCCGAGUCUGAUGGUUUUUCGCCGCGCUGUUCAGUAUACUCAGCUUGUGCAUUUCUCGAGUCAAUGCUAGCCGAGAUCAUCGAGGUCAGGUUGGCGCAGACCAACUUCAUGCAAGCACAAUUGGACAGGCUCGAACUGACUCUCAUCGAGACUUUAGCGCGCUCCGCUGAAGUUCUGGAUUCUGAGGCCUCAGAUAGGCUAUACAUCAAGCUGAUGUUUCAUGCCUGCUUCAUCCAGCUGCUUUGUAAUUUUGAUCAGAUCGAGCGACGACUUGGCAAAGACGGCCAACGAAAUGACAACGACUCGGCAUUCGGCGAGAUACGCGAAUGGACAGCCACGGAUCGAGCAAAGAGAUGCCUCGUGCAUGCAGCAAGUAUCUCCAACGCAUCGGCUCAAUUUCGCUUGAGCGAUACUCCUGCACUCCACGUCGCGAGGACCAUGUACAGUGCAGCUAUCGUCUGCAUCGCGUACGCA